AACAAGCAAACGUCAUACCACGGAUGUAAACAAACACGUCGACUGUUUUUCUUGCGAUCCUGUUUCCUGCGUACAAAUUUAUCACCGGUCUUAUUGGGGCUUGAUUUAUUUUAUCCCGAGCAUGGACACGGUAGCAACGAUGCGAGCAGACAACGCCAGCCUGCGCAAGAUUCAAUCGAAGCUCGUGCAGUGGGAGUUAAAGGAAAAUCCGCUCGCUCCACUCAGUGCCACGCAAUCGGAUUUCAUCAAUCGUCUAACCGAUCUGGCCAGUGGCAACAUACCACCGGCAGCGAACGCACCAUCGGCCGAUAGUAAAGAGCACACAGCGGACGAGGAACUGCCGGCGUCACUGGAACAGUUCAAACAGUCUGCCUGCGUUAUCGAUUCUACGCAAAAUUUCCUUUCCUGGUACAACUCGAUCGAUGCCGAAAUUCUCGAACACUUUGACGAUGUGUACCUGGAGUACUACGAACAGCUGCGGGCGCGUACCAGCGAAUGCGACCAGAUGCUGCAGGAGAUCGACGUUUCGCUCGAUUCGCUGCGCCAGCUUACGCAGGAGUUUCACUUUGUGUCGGAAAAAACGUCCUCCCUGCAUCAGGCGAGUGAAAGUUUGCUGCAGGAUCAAACGCGCCUCAGCAAUACGGGUGACGAGAUUAAGAAGCGUCUGAAGUACUUUACCCAGGCGGAAAGCAUAUCUCAACGGUUGCACAACCCAACGUUUUCCGUGUCGAACGAUACGUUUGUGGAUAUGCUGAAUACGAUCGACGAUUGUCUCGAGUAUAUGCGUGUGAACCCUACAUUUAGUGAGGCAUCUGCGUACGCGGUAAAGUACCGUACAUGUCUCGCCAAAGCUACGCAGAUGAUGAAGGCGUACGUGUUCGGGAUCCUAUCGAACGCUACCGCACAGGUGCUCGCUCCCAAAGGGUCCGGUGCACCGCGAUCGCUCGAGGCGCUCGAUCAACCGAAAAUUGGCGAUCCAACAGCGGAUGCAGCGUUUGUGCUGUUUUAUGGCAAAUUUCAAGCAUCUUCACCGCGCGUCAAACGUAUCACCGGCCUGAUUGAGGAUCGUCUCGAUCGUAGCCCAGAUUACGAACUGUUGCUGGGUGAGCUGCAUCAAAACUAUCUUACCCAGCGAGCCACGAUCAUGAGAUCGGGCGUUGAUCAAGCUAUAAAAGAUUUGGCAAAGAAGCAUAAAGGUGAUCACUGUGCGCUGGUACGCUCGGCCUGUGCCUUUAUGAUACACAUCUGCCAGGACGAACAUAGGUUGUUUUAUCAAUUUUUCGCCAAACAAAGCGCCCAACUGAACAUCUAUAUGGAAGGUUUGUGCACCAUUCUCUACGACACCCUGCGACCCUACAUCAUUCGGAUCGACCAUCUCGAAACGCUGGCCGAAAUAUGUAGCAUUCUGAAGGUGGAAAUGUUAGACGAACACGUGGCGUACUGCCCCGAACCGCUGGAAGCAUUCGCCAAGAUUGUCUACCAACUGCUGCAAGAUGUGCAGGAACGGAUCGGUUUUCGGGCACAAAACUAUCUCGAGUCGGAUAUCCGCAACUAUCGCCCCUCGGCGGGUGAUCUCGCCUACCCGGAAAAGCUGGAAAUGAUGGAAAGCAUUGCCCUGUCGCUGCAGGAAAAUCAGUACGCACAGCAUCAGCUACGGCGGGUCGAUUCGCGUAGCUCUAUCGUGUCCGGAAUGUCACUCGCAUCGCUCGAAACGGCACAAACCACAACCGAUCCGGCCGUGAAAGUGCGGUCGGGCAAUUCUCCCGCCGACAUGCACGGCAUGUGGUACCCGACCGUGCGCCGUACGCUGGUGUGCCUUUCGCGGCUCUAUCGCUGCAUUGACAAAUCCAUCUUCCAGAGCCUUUCCCAGCAAGCGCUGACCCAUUGCAUUUACAGUGUCUCAACGGCAGCCAGCCAGAUCGCGCAGAACCGCACGACGAUCGAUGGUGAGCUGUUUGAAAUUAAGCAUCUGCUUAUCCUGCGCGAACAGAUUGCACCGUUCCGGGUGGAUUUUACCGCGAAGGAAACGAGCCUUGACUUUAGCAAGGUGCGUACGGCCGCCUACGAGCUGCUGCAGAAACGGAAGCAGCUGUUUUCACUCGGUUCGAACAAUGCGUUGCUUGAGUUUCUGCUCGAUGGUACGCCGCAGGUACGGGAGCAGCUGCUCGAUUCGCGCAAGGAUGUGGAUCGUCAGCUGAAGCUGGUAUGUGAAACGUUUAUAAAGGAUGCAACGAAACAACUGGUAGGUCCGGUGCUAGCGUUCAUCGAUGCGGCACAGAACCAUCUCCGCAAUCAGCCCGGUGGUGGAAAGACAGCGGCAGUGGCGCAGGGUGGAUCUGGCGCAGCUACAGCUCCGGCGAGCGGACAAAGUACGGGUAUGGCGUUGCGAAUGGCACCAUUCGCUGCACCGCAACAGAUAAGCUCCAUCAUACAGGAGUGUUUGAGAAACAUUAAAUCGAAAUUGGCUGGAUUGCAACGUUCGAUGCAGCUGUACCUCGCCAAUAAGGAUACGGAAUUCAUUCUCUUCCGGCCGAUUCGGAACAACAUCAUCGGCUCAUUCGUCAAGCUAGAACAGAUUCUGAUGCUCAACGCUUACACAAAGGAUGAUCUAACAAUCGUAAGCUGCCCAUCGGCGGAACAGAUUUCUGUGCUGCUGUCGAGCGUUAAUCUUGCCGGUGGAUUAGCGGCCGAACCGCCGGUACCUUCGUUCGGUAGUAAAGCACAACCGUCGCGAAAAAUCAGCACCAGCUCGUCGAUCGGUAGCAGCAGUGCCGGGGAAACGCAACCACUGAAAGCUCCAAUCGAAAAGAAGGUUAGCUUCGAUAGUGGAGCAAACACGGUGGUCGAAAUUGAACGAAUCGAAGAGCCGGUGGUAGAAAAGGGAGAGGAAGUGGUAGUUACAGAAGCACACGAACUAGCAUCUAAACAGCCGGACCAGGAGGAAAGUCAGGUUGUUUAGACAAAGUUGCAUCGCUUGCAAUAUGCACAUUAUUCCAAAAGUGAAUUAUCUUUAUCGUACUAAUAUUGUUUACACGGUUUGCCCUGGAAAAUUAACAUUAUUCAAGUUCAACAUUGCCUUUUUAAUAUAAUGUCAAUAAAAGUAUUAUUGUAAUUGUUGAUAAACCAAAAAA